CCUCCUUCUCCAUACCUUGUUACUUCUCUUACAUUAGAUUCUCAACAAGUUUUUUGCUCAAUCAAAAUCAUGGCGCCGAAAGAGACCAAGUUCAAGGUUGCUGCGGCUCAUGCCGCACCCGUGUUCAUGAACAAGGCUGCCUCAAUCAAGAAAACCGUUCGAAUCAUUGAGCAAGCUGCUGCAGAGGACGUCAAGCUCCUUGUGUUCCCUGAAACGUUUAUCCCUGGCUACCCGUACUGGUCGGAGUGCUACCCCCCGCUGAAACAAGUCGGCGCUUUGGCCCAGUAUGCGGAGGAAAGUGUCGUGGUAGAACCUAAUGGCGGGGACGUGAGCGCUAUUCAGGAUGCCUGUCGACGAACCGGCGUAGCCAUCAACUUGGGCAUAUCCGAGCGUAUCGCAAAUGGCCACACGCUGUUCAACUCUCAAGUCAUCAUCGACAGCGAUGGAACGAUUCUCGGUGUUCACCGCAAACUUCAGCCCACGUACGCUGAGCGUUACAUCUGGGCCCAAGGCAAUGGUAGCUCUCUGCGCAACUGGCCCCUCUCGCUUGGCUAUAAUCUCGGCGGCCUCGCGUGCUGGGAGCACACUAUGAACGGUGCUCGUCAAGCCUUGAUCACCCAGAACCAGCAUAUCCAUGCUGGAGCUUGGCCAGCGCUGUCCACCAUGUCUAGUUUUGAGGCGGUCGCUGAUGCCCAGAUCGAGGCGCUAAUGAAGGCACAUGCUCUGACUGCACAAGUCUUCGUUAUCACAGCAUCCAACUACGUGGACCAGCAGUGCCUCGACUGGAUGGAAGAGAAUCUUGGGAAGCAAGACCUAGUCAAAGCUGGAGGAGGCUGGUCAGCGAUCAUUCAUCCGUUCUGCUCCUAUAUUGCGGAACCGCAUACUGGCGGGGUGGAGAAGUUGGUGCAGGGUGAGAUUGACUUUUCGCACUUGGGACCGGUCAAGGUUUGGAUUGAUGCAGCCGGUCACUAUCAGCGUCCGGAGAUCUUGCAAUUCGCGUUUGACCCACGGCCGCACUGGGCUGAUGAGAAGCUAGAUCGCUUCAAGCGUGUGGAUGACAAGAAGGUGAAGGAGGAGACAAGCGAACAGUCACAGUAGUUGCAUGCAUUCUCUGUGCUCUAAUAGUAUGAACUAGACUGUCUCUCGGGCUCAAUCUUAAAGUCAAUGAAGCGAUACGUCGCCUCGUACGCGCGGUUGUAGAAAACGAGCCUCAUUGUAUCUCGGCCCGGUCGUCUUGCAUAGAAUUUGAAGCGGUACCCAGUCUGGAUCUCGGGCUCAUUCGGGUCCAUUGUGAAUUUCUCGUUAUAUACCCAGGACUUCUUCUCGAAGUCUGCGCGAGUGCCCUUCUCGUAGUCGGUCAGGAAUAUGUUCUGCGUGACGAGUGUUAGCUACAGUUGCCAUACAGAUCGAGUAUGCAUACCCCAU